AGAGCAAUAAGCGUAUGAGGGCGCGGCCAAUAUCAAAACAAAAAUUCAAAACUAACUUAACUUACAUAAGCGCGUAGUGAAAGAGUGCGCGUGAAAUUACAAGUUUGUGUUUGUGUUGCGUUAUUUGUUUUCGUAAUUUAUUUGUAAACACUUCAACCAUGUUGGAGAGCAGACCAAAGCAAAAUAUUGCGGUAAAAAGUGUGCCCGCCGACGCCGCGUCACUGGAACAGCAAAGUGACUCACUUUCACCACAAGUUUUGGACGCUUACCGUGAGUUAGCCAAUCGCAAUGCCAUCGACGAUUUCGAAUUGUCUGUGCAGCCCAUAGGCGGACCUGGUGAAAAUUCCUAUGGCUCCGUGCUGAAAGUACGUUUAACGCCUACAAGCGCGCCAACGAAGUCAGCGGCGUUCCAUACGAUAUUGAAGAUCGCGCCUACAAGCCCAGCGCGCCGCACACAUAUGCGCGUCAAGGAUAUGUACACACGUGAAGUGUUUAUGUACGCAAAUGUGUUUAGUGAGUUUAACGCGCUGCACGUGCCACACGCGGCAGGAGUAACGCGCGCGCAGUUUAGUGCCGCGCCACAAAUGUUAUAUGCUUCGUUGAAAGACGACACUGAGUUUAUAAUUUUUGAGGAUUUAACCGCUGCAGAUUUUGCAAUCAACUCACGCACCAAUCUACCCACCUAUGAUUUGGUGGUGUGCGCCUUUCGUGCGCUCGCGCAGUUGCAUGCUAUGUCGUUUGUGCUGCAAGCGCGGCAGCCGGCGCACUUUGCCGCGUUGGUCGCACAAAUGGAUGACAACCUCUUUACGCCGGACAUGGAGGAAGUGUCAGUGGAGUUUGGCAAGAAAUAUGUGCGGCGCACGCGUCAUUUGCUCGAGGCAGACUUGAAGUUGAGCGGUGAAGAUACGCCAGAGAUGCGUGAGGUGCUGCAGGCGCUACAUAAGAUUGAGGAUAAUUUUCAAGGCAUUUGCUUGGAUGCAGUCGAUGGCGCGGCGUAUGCGCCCUACUCGGUUAUAUGUCACGGCGAUUUCUGGAAUAACAACAUACUCUACAAAUUCGAUUCCAACAACAAACAACGCAACACCGCCAUCAAGGCCAAACUGAUUGACUUUCAAAUUUCGCGCUACUCACCGCCAAUCUUGGAUCUGGUACACUAUCUUUACGCUUGCACAGAGAAACCGCUACGCGAUGCGCAUUUCAAUGAAUUCAUGCAAAUCUAUUACGACACAUUGGCACAGUUCAUACGCGACUACGAAUUGGACCCUGCUGUCCUAUAUCCCGAAACAAUAUUCCGCCAACAAUUAAGACAAUUCGGCGUCUAUGGUUAUUGCAUGUCCGCGUUUGCAGUGCCAUUCUUCGUGUCGAAUGCGAGUGAAUUGCCAGAUUUGGAUAAAGUCUCCGAGGCCAUACAAGAACUCUCCUCAUCGUCGUCGUCAUCGUCCGCAUCGGACAGUUCAGACACAGAUGCAGCAAGUGAUGACGGGAACGGAGCACGACAAAGUGAAGUAACGCGGCAGCGGCAGAAGAACAACCACAACAAAACAAUGUCUACAAAAAGUCAAAACGCCGCAGAGUUGGUCGAUGAACUGGAUAUUUUGACAGAGCGCACGCUGCCUAUAUUUAAAAGACGCAUGAUUGGCAAUAUUUUAGAUUUGCAGAAGUACCACAUGCUUGAAGCUGUAUUGAAGUAUUAAUAUGUGAAUGUGAAAGGAAGAAAGUAGUCAGUGGGAUAAAGAGAGAAAAAUGGGUAUCGGAGAAAGUGAAUAAGAGAGGGAAAGAGAGAAAGGAGGUGGAAGGAAAUAGAGAGUGAGAGAGAGGUAGGGAAAUUGAAAGAGUGAGGAAAAUAGGGAGAAAGAGAGGGAAAUAGUGAGCGAGAGUGGGGGAAA